UUCGCCCAUGCGUGAACGCUGACUGAGGAUUUGAGGACUCUCUCUGUCACUCCCAUUGACAGCUCGCUUUUAAUCAACGUUGUACUCGACAUUCAAAUAUGGCUGAUAUGGACGUAGACCCCCCUGCUGGCUCCGUGGUAAAGAAAGACAACAAGAAAAGGUUCGAGGUCAAGAAGUGGAACGCUGUCGCUCUAUGGGCCUGGGAUAUCGUCGUAGACAACUGCGCGAUCUGCAGGAAUCAUAUCAUGGAUCUUUGCAUCGAUUGUCAGGCUAACCAAGUCUCUGCGACGAGCGAAGAAUGUAACGCAGCCUGGGGUAUCUGUAACCACGCUUUCCACUUCCACUGUAUCUCCCGCUGGCUUAAGACAAGGAACGUAUGUCCUCUGGACAAUCGUGAGUGGGAAUUGCAGAAAUACGGUCGUUAAUGGCCUUGAAAUACCUGUCGCUCGUAGAAUUGGACCGCAGUGUACACUACAGUUUCUUGCUCCUUGAUUGUUCGUUGUCAGCAUUGUAAACACACCUUGUUCGAGGAUAUCAAUUGAUCAAAAAACUGUACGAG